GUUACAGCCGGCAAAACAUAUCAGCACUCCCCUUUAAUUGGGAAAACCAAGACGAAAAUACACUUGCUCUGUGCUUGAAAAAUGCUGACCAUUAUAAUUAUCUCAAUACUUCUCUCCAUCUUCAUCACAAUACUCUUCAAAUUUAUUACUGCUGAUGGAGAUUUCACUUUAUUGUCAAAACGAGUCAAGCGCGACAAAUUCGAGGAUAAGGUUGUUUGGAUUACUGGAGCUAGCCGUGGGAUAGGUGAAAUUUUAUCUAAACAACUUGCAAGUCUCGGUGCCAAGCUUAUUAUUUCUGCUCGAAGUGAGGCUGAAUUAGAGCGAGUCAAGAAACAACUGGCCGGAAAAUAUGCACCUCAACAGGUCAUGGUAUUACCUUUGGACUUGGCAUCUGGGGAAGAUGCUCUCAAGGAGGCCGUACAGGAAGCUGAGUCCUUUUUUGAUGGUGCUGGUGUUGAUUACAUGAUCCACAAUGCAGCAUAUGAACGCCCGAAAUCAUCUGCAGUGGAUGUAUCAGAAGAAAGUCUCAAGGCAGCUUUUGAAGUUAAUGUUUUAGGGCCGAUUUGUCUUACACGGCUGCUGGUUCCCUUCAUGCUGGACCGUGGGAGGGGACACUUUGUUGUGAUGAGCAGUGCUGCUGGCAAGACUCCUGCACCUGGUCAAGCAGUAUACUCUGCUACCAAGUAUGCUCUAAAUGGAUACUUCCAUACCUUGCGCUCAGAGUUUUGUCGUAAAGGGAUUAAUGUUACAAUAGUUUGUCCUGGGCCAAUUAAAACUUCAAGUGCUUCUGCAACAAGCAACUCACAAGAAAAGGAACUUGCAGAGAAACGUGUUUCAUCACAGAGGUGUGCUGAACUUACAAUUAUUGCCGCAAGCCAUGGUCUAAAGGAAGUCUGGAUAUCAUAUCAGCCUGUGCUUGCAGUAAUGUACUUGCUUCAGUAUAUGCCAUCUAUUGGCUUUUGGCUCAUGGAUAAGAUUGGGGCACGGCGUGUAGAGGCAGCAACACAGAAGGGGAACACAUACUCACUCAGUUUGCUCUUCGGUAAUAAGAGAGCAUAAAAUCAUCUUCUGUCAUGUGUAGCUCAUCUUUGUCAUUUACCUUUUGGUUUUCUGGCAAAUCUCUACCCCAGGCCCGUGACUAAAAACUUCUGGUUAUAAUAACCUUUUAAUUUUGAUUUGGAAAUGGGGCACACUCCAAAAUAACAGGCAGUUUACCCCAAAUUCAGUUUGCUUGGCAUGUCAUAUUUAUAGGAAUGUAACAUGGUAGGUUAGGUAAAUUAAUAAUUCUUCGGACCAAACCUCAUAUUUCCAGAUAUAUUUCAGACAGUUUUCAUGA